AAGAAAAAUUGAACAAAGAGAAAGAAAAAGAGAAAAAUAGAUAUUAAAGAAAAUAUAUAAAUAUCUAACCACAAAAUGGUGCUAAAUGAUUGUCCAGAUCCAGAAAGUAUAGGUUGUGGUUUUAGUGCUUUUAAAGAAGUUGAUGAGGUUAACGAAUUGAUUAAGGAUAUCAAAAGAACCGAUUUAUCAUCAAGUUUAACAGAAAGAAACAGAGAUCGGUUUAACUUCAUAUUGUCGCAGUAUCAGGAUCAACGACAACUACUUGAUCCGUAUCUUGAAAAUAUUUUAGAUUCUUUACUGUCAAUUAUCAGAGAUGACAAUUCUACGGAAAGUAUGAAACAUAAUGCUUUUAAAUAUCUAUUUAUUAUUAUGUCUGUUAAGACAUACAAAAAAAUUGUUACCUAUCUUCCCCAUGAGGUUGCAGAUCUUUUACCAGUUCUACGUUUAUUAGAAAAACAAGAUCCAAAUGAUGUCGAUACAUGGGAAACAAGAUACGUUUUAUUAAUAUGGUUAUCAAUUAUUUCUAAAAUACCAUUUCCAUUAUCUCGUUUAGAAACAUCUGAUACUAUUGAUCCAGAACAAACGAUUAUGGUUAGAAUCAUGAAAGUAUGCAAAUUAUAUUGUUUAUCGAAGGAUGCAUGUGCAGUGGCAGCGGUAUUUUUAAUAGCAAAUUUCUUGACCCGAUCUGAUGUCAAAAAAUUGUAUCUCGAAGAAAUGAUAACAUGGUGUUUAAAGUCAGUUGAAAAUGAUCCAUUAAGACAUGGUCCUUUGGCUGUAAUAGCAUCGAUAUUAAAACACAGUGCUAGAGAAGAUGUACGACCAUACAGUACGAUGCUUUUUGAAAAAAUAUUAAAAUUACAAUUAAGUAAUAAUCCUGCAGAUCUUAUUAGAAAAUUUGGUAUGAAAGUUGUACAACGCAUCGGUUUUGUAUUAUUAAGAACCAAAUUAGCUUCUUGGAGAUAUCAAAGAAUGAACAGACCAAUCAGUUUAUUACCAAGUUUAAGUAAAAACAAUGGUACUGAAAUUAUUGAAAAUAAAGAGAACAUUAUAAGUGAUAACGAAGAUCAAGAAAUACCACCAGCCAUUGAAGAUAUUAUCGAACACUUAAUUCAAGGUCUUAGAGAUAAAGCUAUCACUAUCAGGUGGUCUGCUGCUAAAGGUAUUGGUAGAAUUACAGCCCGGUUACCAGUUGACUUGGCAGAUGACGUAGUUGGAUUUGUCUUAAAUUUAUUUUCUGGACGUGAAUCAGAUUCAGCAUGGCACGGUGGUUGUUUGGCAUUGGCAGAAUUAGGAAGACGUGGUUUAUUGUUACCUCAUCGUUUAAGCGAUGUAAUUCCUGUGGUAAUUCAAGCACUCGUUUUCGAUGAACCAAGAGCUUACGGUUCAAUUGGUUAUUUAAUCCGUGAUUCUGCGUGUUACAUUUGUUGGUCUUUUCCAAGAGCGUAUGAUCCAGAUGUAUUUCAACCUUACGUUAAAGAAAUAGCAGCUAGUCUGUUAGUUGUAACAUGUUUCGACAGAGAGAUAAACUGUAGACGUGCAGCUUCUGCAGCAUUUCAAGAAAAUGUUGGAAGACAAGGAAACUUUCCUCAUGGUAUUGAUAUAUUAACGGUAGCUGAUUAUUUUGAAGUAGGUGUACGAAGUCACGCAUUUCUUAAAAUAAGUGUACACAUUGCUCAAUACGAAGAAUAUACCAAACCUUUGAUAGAACAUUUGGUUUCAAGAAAAGUCACACAUUGGGAUACUGCAAUUAGAGAAUUAUCAGCUAAAGCACUGUUUAAUUUAACACCAGCAGAUCCACAAUAUAUGAUAGAAACAGUAAUACCAAAUUUAUUGGAUAUGUUGAAUUCAAUUGAUUUAAAUGUCAGACACGGAGCUGUAUUGGCUAUCGCAGAAAUAUUAGAAGCAUUGUAUAAUCAUUACGAGAAAAAAAUUGAAACAAUAAUUGAAUCAUCAGCUGUGGAUGAAAUUAAAAAUGUAAUACGUACGUUUCAAAAACGUGGUCAAUUUAAAGGUCUUGGAGGAGAACUGAUGAAACAAGCUUGUGCAGUAUUUAUUAAAAAAUGUUCAAUCGUUCAUUUUCCUAUUCAUCACACCGACAUUAUCGACGAUUGGCAGAAUUUAUUGGAAGAAUGUUUGAGUCAUGAAGUAUCUGCAGUCAAAUUAAAAGCUGCCGAAGCUCAUACAGAUUUUUUUACCGAAUAUUACGCCAAUUUGGAUCCAGCUGUUUAUAAUAUUGUAGUCAAUCGUUAUUUAGAUAAUUUAAAAUCUAAUAGUCAAGUAGUAAGGAUAGGAUUUGCACAAGCAGUAGGACAUUUUCCUCUUUUUAUCAAAAAGACUAGAGUUAAGGAUAUUAUAGAAGCGUUGAUUGAAUGUACGCACAUAUCUGACAAUACAUUGAAAUGGGCAGAAAGUAGAAAAGAAGCGUUACAUUCUUUAACUAUGAUAAUACAAACAUUAAAUAUUAACGAAGCUGGUGUAUGGCAAUUAUUUGCUCCUCAAAUUUACAAUUGUUAUCUUUUUGCUUUAAAAGAAUAUACAAUAGACAGUCGUGGUGAUAUAGGUGCUUGGGUACGAGAAGCAGCUAUGACUGGUUUGCAUGUUCUUACUAAUUUAGUUCUUCAAGCUAAUUUAUUAUCUUUGUUAAAUGAAUCGUUAAUGACAAAUAUUAUAAGUGGCAUUGCUCAACAAGCUGUUGAAAGAAUUGAUGGAAUUCGUGCUCAAGCUGGUAUUGUAUUCAGUGCUUUGAUUCACAGUGAACCUUCGCUUCCAAAUAUUCCAUAUCACACCGAACUUAAAAAUAUAUUUCCUUUGAGCGAAUGUAAAGACAGUAUAGAAUGGAGAAUGGAAUCAGUUACGUUUCCACGAUUCAUCAAAAUGUUAGAAUUUCCACCAUACACUAUGAGUCUUUUAAGAGGAAUUAUAUUCAGUGUUGGUGGUUUAAGCGAAUCUUUAGUGAAAUAUUCUAGCGUGGCUUUGUUCACUUAUUUGAAAGAGAUAAAUGAAAAAAGUCUCAAAGACUUAUGCGACAAGAUGUUAAUCAUAUUUGAAGAAAGUCAUAAGAAUGAAAGAAUGAUAACAUCGAUAUUAGCAUUUUUGGAUAGAUUAUUAAGUUCAGGAUGUAUACAAAUAAUUUUAGAUGAUCCUAACAGCGAUAUACCUGAACGUAUAUUAUUAUUAUUGAAACAAGAGAUUAAAUAUACUACUAGCACUAAAUUGUUGAUAAGUAGCAUCAAUGUUUUUUGUCAACUUUUACAGGUGCACGGAUUUAUAGGAAAAAGAGCGUUUUGUCAAUUAAGUAUAUUUUUAUGUCACAAAUACAAAUGUUUACGUAAAGUAACAGCCAUACGUACUUAUGAAACAUUGACACUUUACGGAGAAGAAAUGGAUUUACCUGAAGAAGAUUUAGCGAGUAUAUUAACAGAAUUAAAUGGCACAGAUUGGGAACGACCAGUAACUGAAUUAAGGCCUAUUAGAAAUCAUUUGUGUGAAUUAAUGAAAGUGCCUGCACCAGUUUUACAGGCUAAAUCUACUAAUUAAUAGUAAUAACAUUGAUAUAGAUAAAAAAAAAAAAAAA